GAGGUCGCAUCGCAUCGAAUAACCUAAAAAUUCGAACUUUGCAUAAUAUACGGCCAAGUGCUAGCGGCGAUUUUUAUGUAAUAUGCUGUAAUAAAGUUAUGCAACUAUCAUUUUGGCCUCAUAUUUUGGCGGGUUGCGAUAGUCUGCAAUGCGCCAUGGUGGUAGCCGUUCGCGCGCUUUCAUUUGACAUUUGAGUGCGUUCCGAAUUUGAAUCGUCAUCAACUGAACUGUGUGUGUUUUGUGAGCUAUUUUUUUUUAAGUGAUCACAGUGUAUGACUUUUUUUUAAGACUAAGGAAUCUAAAUUGGAAAAAUGCCAGUGAAGUUCUGACAAAAUGGCUCCGUCUUUGGAAACCCUCACGCAACACACGACCCAUAAUGUGCAUUUAAAACGAAUUCAGAACAUGGAGGGCAUCGAUGUGGUAUCGAAUGGAGUCGAUACCGUACCGAUUAUCGAUAGUCUUAAUGUCAACAUGAACGAAUUGGACAGGCUAUCCGAUGUUCAGGAGUUUUAUAAAGGGAAGAACAUUCUAAUAACUGGGGCCACAGGCUUCCUUGGAAAGAUCUUGAUGGAGAAACUGCUCAGGUCGUGUCCCGGUGUCGAUAAUUUGUACCUGUUGGUGAGGCAAAAGAGAGGGAAGGAUAUCUUCACCAGAAUAGAGGAGAUAUUUGAUGACCCUGUAUUCGAUCGAUUAAAAAAAGAAGUACCAAAGUUUAGACAUAAACUCGUUGUGAUACCCGGCGAUUGCGAAGCGGCCGGUCUUGGUCUCACGCUUAUGGAUAGACAAAUGCUUAUAGAGAAGGUCAACAUAAUAUUCCAUUCGGCAGCAACGGUCAAGUUCGACGAACAUCUCCGAGCAGCUCUCAAUACGAAUGUUCGGGCGCCGUUGCAUUUACUUCGACUAGCGCGGGAUAUGAAGGGACUGGAUGUACUAAUGCAUAUAUCGACGGCGUAUUCCAACUCCCACCUGUCCCACGUGGAGGAGCGGUUCUACCCCUGCGACGCGGACUACGAGCAACUACAUCAGAGGAUUGACAAACUAACGGACAAGCAAAUACGCGAUUUGCUACCAACGAUACUAGACGCGUGGCCUAACACCUAUACAUUUACGAAGGCAUUAGCUGAAAAGGAGCUCCGGGUGAAUGCGAGAGGCAUGCCUAUUGGCAUAUUUAGGCCAGCUAUAGUAAUAUCAACAGUGAAAGAGCCGUUGAAGUGCUGGUUGGACAACAUGUAUGGACCCACCGGUAUAGCAGUCGGCAGUGUGUCCGGUAUAGUGAGAACAUUGCAGUGUGAUGAGAAUGUGACCGCAGAUCUGGUGCCAGUGGACAGUGCUGUGAACUGCCUUAUGGUUGCGGCCGCCAACGUCAGCUCAGCGUACAAACAGAGGUCACCCCCUCAAGAACCGCCGAUAUAUAACUUCGUGAGUUCUGUAGAGAAUAGAAUAACGUACGGUGACUUCAUGGAGAAGAAUGUGGCAAUGGUCGACAAGUAUCCAUCUUUGAACGCUGUCUGGUACCUGACGGUAACUCUGACCAAAUCACUUCUAAUGUAUAAAAUUUAUAUAUUCUUUCUGCAUCUGCUGCCUGGCGCGUUCUUUGACGUGCUGGCUCUCUGCAUAGGAAGGAAGCCCAAAAUGCUCAAGGUAUAUAAGAAGGUCCAUAAGUUCUCAUCCCUGCUGACCUACUUCUGCAUGCGGGAGAUCAGUUUCUGCAAUAGAAAUACAAGGGAACUCUGGCAGAAGACUUCUGAUAGUGAUAAGCAGCUGUUCCCGUUCAGCAUGAAGGAGAUGAGUUGGGACGAUUACUUCGAGGAGUACCUGGCGGGCAUCAGGCGGUACAUAUUCAAGGAGAGCGACGACACGUUGCCUCGGGCCAGGUUAAAGUGGAAAAGAUUAUACUACCUACAUCAGGUAGUGAAAACUAUUUUUUGCUUCCUGGCGCUGUACGCACUGUGGUCAGUACUAUCAAGUAUAUGCUAGUGUAUUAUAUAUAUAUAUUUGAUAAUGUAUAUAAAUGUACAUACUAUGUUACCGAACUAAGGGCAUUAUUCACUUCUAAAUCUGAAUCUGGCAUUCUGUUUUUUACAUUUAUCAUCAUCAUCAUCAACUCAGCCGUUUUCUGUUCACUGGUGAAUAUAAGCUUCCUCCAUAGACUGCCAUAAGGAACGGUCCUGAGCCACUUGCAUCCACUGACUCCCUUUAAAGUUUUUAAUAUUAUCAACUUUUAAAUACAAAUUACGAAGUUGAAUACAUAAUUAUAUAAAUAGUACAGUAGAUGGUAUCUCUAAAACAAUUUUAAUUAGAGAUUUAGUUAGUUAAAGUUCCUGGAUGUUUUUAACUGCGAAAAUCUUGUCUCUUGCUGACGAAAAACAAGAGGUCACCUUUUCUACUCCGAUACGUCGACCGUCUAGUUUCGAAUAAUCAAUUAGAAACAUUGAAAAUACUUCAAUUGUUUUUGAAAAUUUAGAAACAAUUUGUCACGCUUCGUUAUGAAGACUUUUAGAAAUGUAUACAGUAGAAUCUCCAUUAUCCGAAUCAAAUAAAACCAGGAGUAUUCCGUAUAAUUGAAAAUCCGGAUAAUCGAUUUUAAAGUCAAAUCAAAGUAUAAGUAUAAUUUUUUUUUUAUAUAAUGUAAAGUGUCUUACAUACGUCAUUUAGAGAACAAGAUAUAAAAAAAAAAUACGAGCCAUAAAGAUUACGAUGUAUGUAAUUUGAAAUUUUGGUUGGAAAUAAUUAGUUAAUAAUCUUUGACGUAAUGAAUCACAUCUUUCAUUGCGGUCAAGUCUCUGAUGCGCUUCAGUUAUAACAACUGUAUUGGAUCCGAUUCGUCCUGUCCCGUCCGGAUAAUCAAAUAUUCGGAUAAUCGAUAUUCGGAUAACCGAGACUCUACUGUAUUUAUUAAUUUUUAAUAUUCAUUUAUCGAGAUUCUACUGUAUUUAUUAAUUUUUAAAUAUAACAGAUGCCAGAUUCUUCGUUGUCCUUAAAAAUAUCAAUUCUGUUAGUCAUUAUGUAUUUAAUCUUGGUAAACACACGUGAGGUGGCAUCCAAUUUUUAAUUGAGAUAUACUAAUUUAUAGUUUUACUUAAGUAUUACUUAGUUUACUUGAUAAUUUAUUGCGUGUAAGCGACACAUUAGAUUUCUCAAUUCAGAAAUUGUGAAUGUACCUAUGUUUUUGGUAUUAUUUUGUACAAUAUAACAAAAUGUUUAUAAUAAAAAGAAAAAAUGUAAAAACAUGUCUCUUUCUGAAAUUAAACCCACAUAUUAAGUA